AUGGGCACGGACAAAAAAUCCACCCCGGCUCCCCCAACGUAUGAGGCCACAGUCGAUGCUCCUCGUCGUCGUGCCCAUACCAAUGCUGUCAUCGCAGCAGGAAACCUUCGUAGCAGAGAUGAGCAAGAUAUGCAAAAUCAUUUGCAAAAACUUCAACUUGAUAUGGGCAUCUACAACUCUGAUAUUGAACCCGAACACGACUCAGAUUGGAUUUGCAGCUGCCCAAUUCACAUAUACAAGCAAAGAAAAAUGAACCGAUUGCCCGUCCAGAAUGAAUGGUCCAAAGCCGUCAUGUAUCCAGGCGAAAAAUCCUACCAUGACUGCUAUCAAUACUCGCCUAUGUUUAGCGGUAACCCUUACCAGUUCAUAUCCGCUUAUACAAAUUCUGGUGGUUUCCGUGGCUAUGGCGGUUACUCUGCCACGAGCGUGUAUGGCGUUUCCGGAUUUUACGGGGUCGCAAGACCAGAUCCGUACAACUAUACUAGAGCGCUUGAGAAAACACUCCGACUCAAUAGAGAUUUGAAUAGAGCUGCUCAAAUUUCUGUGGAUCAGAAGGAGCCUAAAGUCAACAUAUGGACACCGAUUCAACUUGACAUGUCACCAUCCGGCAAGGGUGCCGAUUCCCCCUUGCCAGACUCAUCUAGCAACGAGAAAAGUGCCAAAUCAUCCAAACUUUCUGGUCUUCGAAGGGCGUUUUCAAUCAAAAGUUCCGAAGAAAGGGCAGCAGAACGAACGGCAAAGGCAGUCGCCAACGCUGAAGCAUUGAGAAAUGAGAUUCUCUAUGAAGAGAACGGUCGAUGGCCAGACGAAUCAUGGCGACGCCUUGUUGCAGAGUAUCAAAGUCAUGUUGGUAUGACAGGGAAAAUUGCCGAUCUCCGAGCUAGGUUUCCUCUGCAGUAUCUCCAUCUCCUUCGAGCAGGAUACUUUGAGCCCAUUCCCGUAGAUUGGGCCAAUCUCGCGUCGAAUCCGCUGAAGUUUAGCAUCGAGGCAGCAUCCGGAUGGAGGGGUAUAACACCAGGUUGGAGAGGAUUUGAGGACACUGCGGAGGAACGUCUAUAUUGGGUUUUAAAUCACAGGGAAGGGGUCACUGGACCACGAAUGAAACCCGAUCCUAUUUCUGCGAUGCAGCUGGCCAGAGCUAGAAUGGCUUCUGCUGUUGAACCCCCUCCGGCCUACUUCUCUCCUAACGAUACCUGCCAUGUUCAGCAUAAAUCGGAUGGAUAUUCAAAGCAAGUGAUGCCAGCGCCGUUUAGGCCAUUCGAUGCACCAGAGGUUCCUUCAGAUGAUACAAUGAUCCUGUUGGAUGUAUCGGGGUCUAUGAAUUUCGAUCCUGUUCGUCCUAUAUAUCAGCAGGCACUUGUCACAGCCUAUGAGAGAUCUUACCAACCGAAAAACAAAGAUCUUGCCAAGGCCAUUAUCCGUCGCUUUACAGAUGCAAUGAUCAACCACGAUCAUAAUUCCACUGGUUACCAGCUAGUUACUUUCGAUGAUCAAGCUGAAUACAUUGGUUUCGUAAACCACAAGAGCUUUGAACAAACAUGGGGCCAGAUUCGCUUUGGCGGGAGAACAAGAGUCAUGACAGGUUGGCAACUAGUCAAGAACCUCCAUUUCCAGAAGCACUCCGAAUCAGCCUUCUACCACCCAGUAUACGGAUGGCAAGCCGGUCCGGAAACUCCGAAGCUGAGAUUACUUCUACUGCUUGAUGGUGAAGCGAGCGAUAUGGACGAGUUUGAAUUGGAUCUGCUUAGCUUGUCUUGGGUACAUGUGACGAUCUUCUUGAUUGGCGUGGAUGGAUGUCCUCAUCAUCAUCGUCAUGCGAAUGAGCUGCAAAGAAUUAGCGAGGUAAACCCUCAUGUAUCAUUCGUUGAUGCGCAGGGUAAUACGCCUGAAAGAUUUGUCACUCAUGAACUUUUGAAGAGGCAUCUCGGAUAUGAUGUGUCAAUGUCUGAGUUUGUGGAGCUGGAACAACCACCUGCGUAUACCGAGCUAUAG